AUGGAGAUGGCCGCUGUCACUCGCCAGAGGCGAGCUAGUGGCAGGAGGAGAUGGGAGAGCUUUCUAGUAACAUGCUCUGACAACAAACUACAGCUGCCCUGCUUGGUCAAUGCCUGGAGCCCCUGGUUCCCUGGCCCCUGGCUGGUGAUGCAGCCUGGUGCUCAGCAGGGCCCCUUCGCGGCGGCUGAGACCCGAGUGCCGGACACCCCCGGCCGGAGCGGGGCCGGGGCUCGGCAGCCGGAAGGUGUGCCCCCGGGGCGCUUGGGGGCGCCUGAGGUCCCGAGGGGAGAGCGAGAGACCGAACGAGGAGACGCGAGGAGGAGGGAGGAGGAAGGGAGGGAGGGAGCGGGAGGAGCGCGGAAUGAAAAGCUCGGAGGGGCGAAAAAGCUGCACAGCAAAGCCCAAGUUGCUGAGCGAGCGGAGCGCUCCGGCGGCCCAGAGCCGAGCGGCCGCCGCGCCCCGGAGCCCGGCCCGGCCCCGCCCGCUCUGGGCCCCCGCAGUCCGAGGCCGCCGGGCGGGGGCGGGGACGACCAACUUGGGGCGCGGCGCAGCCCGGCUCUACCCAGAGCUCGGAGCCCGGGAGUGCCACGGCCGCGGCCAGACAGCUGGUGCGGAGCGCAGCGAGCCGAGGCGGCGAGCGGCGCCCGCGCCGCAGCCCCGGCCUGGGCGAGAGAGCGAAUAUUUUUCAAACGACUCAAACUUUCCUCCUUUCCCCAUUUUCUGGGGCCCCUCUUGCCUGGAAUUGUUCUCCAGAUUCCCGCGGGGCGCCGGGCUGCGAUUCCUCCCACGGGUUUGUCGGCGGCUCGGCUAACUUCGCGGACCCGGGGACCCGCGGCGCUCGUCCCUGGGCCGAACCUAGCCCGCGCUGCUCCCCGACUCUGGAGGGCCGGGUCCGGGGCUCCUUCGCUGGCCGCCGCGAGGGCGUUCAGCCCGGCCCCCCGGAGUGGGGCCGCUGAGGCCCCGGCGGCGGCCGCAGGACUGGAAACAGCGGAUUAA